AUGAUGGCAAUUAGAAUCUCUCUGCAGCAGCAGCAGCGGGUCGUGAGGGACAUUCCUGAGGCAGCCACCCUGUCUCCUACUGAGGAAGAGUUCAGGGACUUCUGUGCAUACAUUAAGAGAAUAGCUCCAGAGUAUGCUAAGGAAGGGAUAGUGAAGAUAGUACUACCAGAAAAAUGGAAGCCCAACUUUAACCUGGAAAUCACAAAAGAGUUUGAAACCUUCAAGCAAGCACUGCAUCAUCUGCAGGAAGGCGCAGCAUUUGGAACGGGUGGGAUGUACGACCAGAGUUCUUACAAGAAGUAUGCAGAGGACCACAGGUCAGAAUGGCUUGCAAGCCACCCUGAUGUCACACGGCAGCUUGAAGAGGCACAAGCAAGAGGGGAAGAGGCAUCUGUGGCCUCCACACUCGAAGACGAGUAUUGGAGAAUAGUGGAGAGAGCAUCAGAGGAAGAGGUGCUAGUAGACUACGCCAACAACUUGGACACCAAAAAAUUUGGAACGCCUUUCAAAUGCAGUAGCACCAACAGGCCAUGGGACUUGUCCUCCUUGGGGCAUCAUCCUCUGAACAUCCAGAAAAGAGUGGGGACUCGCAUCGCUGGCGUCACCAGCCCCUGGCUCUAUUUUGGGGCCCUGUUCACGACGUUCUGCUGGCAUAUAGAGGACCACUUCUUGUAUUCAGCCAACUACUUGCACAAAGGCGCUGACAAGACAUGGUAA